GUCCAGACAAACGAACCAGUCGCCAUCAUCUUAUCUACAUUCAGAACUUCCAACAUGGUAGCUUCACACACCAAAGACAGCACCGCCAUCGGGGCAACACAUGCUACUGUGCCCAAUGCCAAAAAUGAGUCUAUUCUAGUUGGGAUGCGCGAUGGCGUAACCGGGAAGUUCAAACUCGUUCCUAGAGUUGAGGCUGUUGUAUCCGUGUUUGACUCAAACUUCCUUGUCGGCGAUGGUAUUUGGGAAGGUAUCCGCGCCAAUAAAGGGCGAGUCCAAUUUGCCAAGGACCACAUGGACCGUCUAUUCCAAUCCGCAAAGGCCAUGUACAUGGACUUAGGCCUGACAAAGGGGGACCUAUUAAGACUUAUCCACAGCACGCUUGAUGCCAACAAUAUGUGUGAGGAUUCUCACGUCCACAUGCGGCUGGUAGUCAGCCGUGGUCUCAAGUCCACGCCUUAUCAAAACCCUCAUGUCAACAUUGGCCUGCCGCUCAUCGUUAUUAUCCCCGAAGUCAAAGCAGUCGACCCUUCAUCAAAGGCCAGGGGAUUGAGACUUGGCACCACAUGGGUUCGCCGUGGGCCACCCGACGUCAAGGAUGAGCAGUGGAAUCACAUUUCGAAGGCUACCGACGUUCAAGCUUGCAUCAGUGCCAACGUGAUGAAUGUCGACGAGGCACUAAUGUUGGAUCUACGAGGAUUCGUGAAAACGUGCAACUCGGUCAACUUCUUUAUUAUCCGCGGCAACGAAGUCUGGGCGCCUACCAAGGACAACCAAAUGCAAGGCAUUACCCGCCAAAGGACGAUUGACGUGUGUCGUGCAAAUGGCAUUGUUGUGCGAGAGCUCGACUUUUCAUUGACCGAGGUUUAUGGUGCCGACGAGGCCUUUUGUACGGGAACAUUUCCCUCACAGAUCCACGUGGUAGAAGUGGACGGACGACAAAUUGGCGACGGAAAGAGGGGAGCCAUUACGGAAAAGAUUCAGCAGCUAUACAUGGAGCUUGUGAAAAGAGACGUGGAGCGGCCGAGAGAGGAGAUUUUGGCCGAGGUGGAGGCGCAACGCGACCUCAGCUUUUUGAAGACAUUGUGCAAUAAUUAG